AUGGACGAUAGCGAAUAUGUAUGCCCCCUAUGUUGUGAAGAAAUGGACAUUUCCGAUCAACAGUUUUAUCCGUGCAAAUGCGGCUAUCAAGUAUGUAUGUGGUGUUGGCAUCGCAUCAAAGAGCAAGAGUCAGGCCUAUGUCCAGCCUGUCGAACACCGUACGGAGAUGAUCCGCACGAGUUUUCUGCCGUCGAUGUAGAGGAGGUGCUAAAGGCCAAGAGAGAAAAAGAAGCCGCCGAGCGAGAGAAAAAGCGAAAUAGCAACUACGAUGGAAACUCCUUGGACGGGGAAGGUUUGCCUUUGGCUGGAAUGAAGGGACAAAUGGAUGUUCCCAGGGAUAGGAGUCAACUGGCAAACAUGAGGGUCAUUCGGAGAAACUUGGUGUACGCUGUGGGACUUCCCAUUGCCAUGGCCACUGAGGAGAUUUUGCGAAAGCCAGACUAUUUUGGACAAUAUGGAAAGAUUGCCAAGAUUGUACUGAAUCGGAGUCAGGCGACAGCAGCAGAUCCGAGACGAGCGAGUGCAUCAGCGUAUGUCACCUUCACUUACAAGGAGGAUACCCUUGCUUGCAUUCUAGCGCUGGAUGGAUUUUAUAUAGAAGGAAGAAGUGUUCGUGCUUCCUACGGAACCUCAAAAUACUGUUCUGCUUUCAUCAAGAAUGUUAGAUGUAAUAAUCCAGAAUGUACCUACCUGCAUACCAUGGGUGACGCAGAAGAUACAUUCACUAAACAAGAAAUUCAGGCGGGAUAUGUCACUAGUGGCAGAGACGUCCUUGCACGCCAACAAGAGAUUGUGCAACAAGCGCUUAGUUCUGCCACUGGUGGUGCACUGUCACGUCGAAAGGUUGGUGGCGGUGGACCAUCUGGAACCGGAAAAGCAGGAACAAACCCUGUCUUCCCACCUCCAUCCUUUGAUGAACCAAUCAAGCCAGCAGUCAGUACCCAGGUCCCAUCGCCUCAGUUGGCACCGGGUCGCUCUCUGUCGUCUGGAGCUGCAUUCCCAACAAUUGCAGCGGCCAAUGCCCAAGUGAAUGCUUCUGGACCAAUUCCUGCUGGCCCUGGCAAGGUGAUUCGAUCAUCAUCCAGUGGCAGUGUUGGGUCUACUGGAUCCAUGUCAGGGGGGCCUAUACCUAAGGGUUCCAUCGGUGGUGGUGGCCCAGCACUCAAAUCCAAGGGCUCGAUUGUUGCUGCUCCUCCAGUGCCACCGCGCAGGGCCAGUACCGGUAUCUCAGCACCACCAGUACCAAACGCUGUAUCGGCAGCUUCAGUAGUUGCUGGUGUCCACAGCGUGUCGACAAGCUUGGAACCCCCAGCACCACACACGACCUUGACACCGCUCACACCGCUCAAGCGUUCGACUGGAUCUUCUUCCAAGGCAAGCGAAACCACCAAACUGACAUCACUUCGCGCGGCUGGAACUCGCAAACCAGCCACAGCUCGUGCUGUCAGUGCUUCAGCGGCCAUUCCCAUGGCUCCGCCAGCAGGUGUUCCUGUCUCGAAUCGAUCGCGUCCAGAAGUUGGAAUUGGAGGCAUUGGAGGUACUGUCAUUGCAGCACCAAUUCCAGUGGGCAAUCCCAUUUCCAGAGGACCCACACCACCUGUCAAUAAUACCACUGGCCGCCUUUCCGAACUCGGAGGCGACGCCCUUGGAGGUUUGGGUGGUGAAGUAUUCAAUGGUCCUUUGAAGUCAGCACCGAUUGGAGCUCCUGGCCAAGCUGGCAUGGACAAGUGGAACUCAGUUGGUUUGGGAGGCGAUCCUGUCGUGCCCUCAAACUCUGGUGGUUUCUUUGGCGGCGCCCAUCAAUCGAUGCCCGGUUCUUCGAAUUAUGGACAGAUUGGCGGUGUAGCCAUUGGAGGAGGUAACCACUCUAAUGGUAGCUCUGCUCUUGCCUCGAUGCUUGGGAUUAGUCUCCCGACUGGUUCUGGCUCGCUUCACGAAUCUACUAGUCAAUGGAUGGGUCCUACACCUGGUUCACAACAGGCUCCCAUCUCUGCCUUGAAUGGUUCGUCGGCUGCCGUAGGCGGUGGUGUCAUUGGCGGCCCUGGUAUUUCACACGGCAAUGGAAAUGGAUCCAUUGGUGGUGUCACCAUUGGAGGACCUAGCCCCAUGCCCCCAGGAGGUCCAAUCGGAGGAAACGGCAACAAGAGUGAUAUUGCGCUUUUGCAGAGUUUGUUGCCUGGAGUACACAUCACUACUAGUGGAGGCUCCUAUGCUACACAACAAGAUAAUGCAUUCGGUUCUGUGGGUCGCAAUCCAAAUGCUUCUCAAGGUCAGUAUUGGGAAGGAAAUCUUCAAUCCAAUUUGCGAGGCCAGCCAAUGGGCACCAUUGGAGGAGGUACUAUUGGAUCUGGAGUUGUGAACCAGAACCAGAGACAAGCCCCUGGAAGCAUUUGGUAA